GCGGGGCAGCAGGGAGGAACCGCGCCGCCUCCGAGAGUCAUUGGAGGACCGUCGCCCGGAGCUGAUAAAUAAGGGCCGGUCCCGCGGCCGCCAGCCAAGUUGGACGUCGCGACCCGAGCUAGGGCCAGGUCAACCCCGGGAGGCGAAGCCAGGCGACCCCCGAUCGGCCAUGGCCUCGCUGCUGGGAACCUACCCGUGGACCGAGGGACUCGAGUGUCCUGCCCUGGAAGCCGAACUGUCGGAUGGGUUGUCUCCGCCGGCCGUGCCCCGACCUCCGGGGGACAAGGGUUCCGAGAGCCGCAUUCGGCGGCCCAUGAAUGCCUUCAUGGUGUGGGCCAAGGACGAGCGGAAACGCCUGGCGGUGCAGAACCCGGACCUCCACAACGCGGAGCUCAGCAAGAUGCUGGGAAAGUCCUGGAAGGCGCUGACGCUGUCCCAGAAGAGGCCCUACGUGGAUGAGGCAGAGCGCCUGCGCCUGCAACACAUGCAGGAUUACCCCAACUACAAGUACCGGCCUCGCAGGAAGAAGCAAGCCAAGCGGCUCUGCAAGCGCGUGGACCCCGGCUUUCUCCUGAGCUCCCUCUCCCGAGACCAGAAUGCCCUCCCGGAGAAGAGCAGCGGGGGCAGGGGGGCGCUGGGGGAGAAGGAGGACAGGGGUGAGUACUCCCCAGGUGCCGCCAUGCCCGGACUGCGGGGCUGCUACCAUGAGGGUGCAGCUGGUGCCCCUGGCAGUGUGGACACGUACCCCUACGGGCUGCCCACACCCCCGGAGAUGUCUCCCCUGGACGUGCUGGAGCCGGAGCAGACCUUCUUCUCCACCCCGUGCCAGGAGGAGCGUGGCCACCCUCGUCACAUCCCGCACCUACCAGGGCCGCCUUAUUCACCGGAGUUCACCUCUAGUCCCCUCCACUGCGGCCACCCUCUAGGUUCCCUGGCCCUCAGCCAGUCCCCAGGGGUCUCUAUGAUGUCCACUGUUCCUGGCUGUCCCCCAUCUCCUGCCUACUACUCCCAUGCCACCUACCACUCUCUCCACCCCAACCUCCAGGCCCACCUGGGCCAGCUCUCCCCACCUCCUGAGCAUCCUGGCUUCGACACCCUGGAUCAGCUGAGCCAGGUGGAACUUCUGGGGGACAUGGAUCGAAAUGAAUUUGACCAGUAUUUGAACACUCCUGGCCACCCUGACUCUGCUUCAGGGGCUGGGACCCUUGGUGGGCAUGCUCCACUCUCCCAAGGGACCCCAACGGGCCCCUCAGAGACCAGCCUCAUCUCUGUCCUGGCAGAUGCCACCGCCACAUACUACAACAGUUACAGUGUGUCAUAGAGCGUGGAGGCAUGGAGCCUGGCCCAGCCCUGCUGCCCUCUCCAUGUGGAGGGCUGAGCAGAGCCAAAACUGUGCGAUGCCACCAGCCCUCAGUGAGAGGAAGAUCAGAACUGCUUCCCCAGAGCCUUCAUCCUAAAGCCAGGAUCCAGUGCCACAUCUGCCCCUUCAAAAGGGUUUCUUGGCUGCACCCUGGGAGCACAGCCCUGAGAGACUGUUUGCAGUGAGACUUUCUCUGCCCGCUCUCCCUUUUCACAUCAGUGUAGCUGAUGGCAGGAAGCCCCGUGCAUUGGAGCCUUCUGUCUUUGAUGGAGCCACUUCUGAUCUAUGGUGCUCUUGGUGAGAAGAAUCCAGGGCUGGAAUUGGGUCCUGUGGUCCAUCUCAGUUCAGUCUGAAAUACUAGCAAAUCCCCACCUGGCUCCACUCUCUCUAACUGUCCUCUCUCUGUAAAGUAAGGGUGGACUUGACAGCCAAGCCUUCUGCCCCAUGGACCAGGUUACUGUCCUCUCAAGGAAAGUGGGAGAAGUGUCUGGUGCAUGACCCAGCAAUGGACAGCCUCACAGGAACUUCCAGGCUUUCUGUUUUUCUGCUCUCCCCUCCAAAGCUACCCCAGAAUUCCAAAGGGACUCCUCUAUUUGAGAAAAACAUGCACCCUGGGGCUGGCAAGAUGGUUCCGUGGGGAAAAGUGCCUGUUGCCAAGCUUGAUGACCCGAGUUUGAUCCCUG